AUGCAGCUCAGCACUGAAAACAGCGUUUUCCAGAGUGAAGCACUCGCCAUUCACGAGGCCAUACGCUAUCUAACGAAUAAUAAAAUCUCCAAAGCCUUAAUACAUACAGAUAGCCUGUCUUCUAUGCAAGCAAUUGCCAAUUCAGAACAUACCUCCCCGCAAAUAGCAGGCAUUCAAAAAAGUCUACGUGAAAAUGCUCACAAUCAUUACGUCAUAAAAUGGAUUAAAGCGCACACAGGUAUUUAUGGCAAUGAACUUGCAGACGGCCUGGCAAAAGACGCCGCCACUGGGAACAACAUUACUACAGUACAGAUCCCAUGGCCUACCUCAUAUCUAAAAAAGACCUUACGGCAAAUUGUUUGCAAUAAAUGGCAGCAGGAGUGGACGAACAGCUUAACCGGCAGAAGAACUUUUUACUUCAAGCCAAAAGUAGAUUUACAAAGACUUAUCGCCAGUCCCCUCUUGGUACGUUACAUAUCCGGUCAUGGCCCCUUCCCACAGUACUAUCAUCGACACGCUAUCACCAGCACUGACGAAUGCAUCUGUGGCGAAGAGGGCACAGCAGACCAUUACAUCACUGCAUGUCCCCUUACAGAGGACCACCAUAUUGCCAUUCCUAUAACGGAUAGGCAGGCCUUCUGCAGGUUCCUCGUUAAGCAUAAGCCAACAAUACGCCAAAUCACUGCCGUCAUGUCAAAGCUAAUGACACUUGGCACAGAAUUGUGUCAAACUGCUUAA